UCACGGCAGUGCAUGAUACCGUAUAAUAGAAAGAAAAAAAAUAUCCAUUUCAAUGACCCACUAACUCUUCUCCACACCUCUGCACCACAAAAUUUGAUUCCCUAAUUUUAACUCUUUUCACUCUGAGUUUCUGUCCGCCUAUGUAUGUACAGCGUGCAAGCAUUCUAGCCUGUCCGUCGUGUAUAAUUACUGAGAUGAAUUAUUCCAUGAAACUAGCAGUAUUGGUGAUAUUUUUGUUUAUCCCAGGCCAGUUGAUCAUCAGUCCUGUUCAGCCAUCUCCAGUAAACACAUCAUUAACAGCCGGAGAAUUCCGGCCUAUGGAGCCCGCAGAGUACAGGCUAAUUGGAAGAAAGGGAGAUGAUCAUGAUGAUGAUUUGUGGAGAAGAAGGCUAGCACCUUUCCAGCUGUGUUUGCUAUGCAAGUGCUGUGCUGGGGCAGCAACCACCAACUGUGCCACUAUGCCUUGCUGUUUCGGCAUCGAUUGCCAACUUCCUAACAAGCCUUAUGGGUGGAAAGCUUAAAGAGCAAAGCUUGAAAAGAAAGAAGAUGUCAUUUUUCUACGAAAAAGUUGAUUAUUAAGGAGAUCUUUAUGAAGGAAAGAGCCCCCGGGUUAAAAGCUGUUUAUAUAGCCUUGGAAUUAUCUGAAUGUGUCCAUGCAAGGAUAUGAUGAUUAAUGUGCUUGUUUUCUAUAAUUUUGGACUACUUAGAGAUGAAGACUAGAGUAACAAUAUGCCACUGUAAAAGUUAUCUCAUCUCGGUUCUAGAUUUUGUUGGCUAUUUAUUGUUGGUGAUGAUAACAUAACCAAUCUUUAGAGGACAUGUUUCUAAUAUGAGUAUCUUUAUUUAAUGCAUGUAUAUUUUAUC